CCGUGUGCCGUAUGAUCUUGUAAGCUGCAGGAUGCGGCGACAGAAAGCAGGCCGGUCCACGGCUUCAAGCCUGUCACAGCCCGUCAUCAGUCAUUUCUUCAAACCUCAGGCUGGUGGGGCCCCGCGAUCACCGACAGUCCAACCUGCACAGUUUUCUAGAAUCGUCACAGCAGACGAUGAGGAGCCGAGCAAGAAAAGAAGGAAAAGCCAUCAUGAAGGUGAAGGGAAUGGGGUCUGUAUUUCAGAGCCUUCAGAAAAAAAGAAAUGUGGAAAAUCAGCGAUGUCAGGUGAAACCUUACAUAAGUUACAGCAGUUUUGCAGUGAAUCUGGAACACAGAACACCGAGCAUCCUCAUUUGAAAGUCCCUGAGCUCCUGACUCCUUUUGUUGGUUUUAAAGAUGGACCGGUAAAGCCUGAGAGCAGCAUUCUUGAUGGAGGCCUGCUUUCCAAGAUGGGGACAGAAAAACAGAAGUCAAAUACGUUUCCUUCUCUCAAACUGCAUGAAGCUCAUUCUUCUGAAACGAAAACUCCCAGCCGCAGAACCAAAUCUGUGUACACACCUCUGGAGGAGCAGUACAUGGCCAUUAAAAAGCAGUACCCAGAUGCAAUCCUGUGUGUAGAAUGUGGAUACAAAUACAGGUUUUUUGGCGAGGAUGCAAAGAUUGCAGCACGUGAGCUGAACAUAUACUGUCACCUUGACCACAAUUUUAUGACUGCGAGUAUUCCCACUCACAGACUAUUUGUCCAUGUUAGGCGACUUGUUGCAAAAGGAUAUAAAGUUGGGGUCGUUAAACAAACAGAAACCGCAGCGCUGAAAGCAGCAGGUGAAAACAAGAAUUCUCUGUUUACCAGACGACUUUCUGCCCUCUAUACAAAGUCAACGCUCAUUGGGGAAGAUGUGAGCCCUUUGAUAAACAUUGAUGAUUCACCGGAGGUUGAGACUGUCACAACGGAGUGCCCAAACAGCUACCUCUUAUGUGUCUCUGAAAAUCUGGAAAGAUCCAAACACAAGAAGUCUGACACGUUAAUAUUCGGUCUAGUGGCUGUUCAACCUUCUACAGGAGAAGUGAUAUAUGACAACUUUCCCGACUCGAAGUCAUGCUGCGAACUGGAGACAAGAAUACUUCGCUUACAGCCAGUGGAAAUUCUGGUUCCUUCUGACAUUUCUGAUGGAACUGAAAAGCUGAUCAGCAGCAUUACGACGGCAUGUUUACGAGAUGAUGACCGAAUACGAAUUGAGAGAAUGGAUAGUCUUCAUUUUCAAUACAGUCAAGCGUUUCAGCUCAUCAAUGAAUUCUACAGUUAUGAAAGCCAUUUAUCACCUUGUGCGAGUUCUGAAAGGAUAUCUCGGAUCCUGAGACUGGAUAGAACCGUGAUUUGUUCUUUAGCUGCACUUAUUACAUAUCUUAAAGAAUUUAAUUUGGAAAAGAUACUACAUAACCCAAAUCAGUUUGUGCCAAUGUCCAAUUCAGUGGAGUGCAUGAAUAUCAAUGGGACAACGCUAAGAAAUCUGGAAAUCUUACAAAAUCAAACUGACCAGAAGACAAAGGGUAGCUUGAUCUGGGUGUUGGACCAUACCAAAACUGCAUUUGGUAGACGGAAGCUCAGGCAGUGGGUGGUUCAACCACUGAUGAAUUCAAGUGAAAUCAAUAUGCGGCUUGAUGCUGUGUCAGAAAUUCUCUCUUCAGACAGCAGUGUUUUUAGCCAGAUCCAUAGCCACCUCAUCAAGUUGCCUGAUCUGGAUAGAGGGAUUUGUAGUAUUUAUCACAAAAAGUGUUCCCCUCAGGAGUUUUUCUUAUUAGUCAGCACAUUGUGCCACUUGGAAAGCCAGCUCGAAGCAUUGAUUCCUGCCAUUAAAUCUCACGUUAAAUCCACUUUGCUGAGGAAGAUUUUCACUGAGAUCCCACAAAUCCUUAGUCCAGUACAAAAGUUUGCAGAGGUGUUAAAUGAAGAGGCCGCCAAGAUUGGAAACAAAACUGAACUUUUUAAAGAUCUCACAGAUUUUCCAGUAGUCAGUGAAAGGAAGACGGAGAUCCAAGAAGUGAUUUCACAAAUUCAGGGUCAUCUUACUGAUGUCCGAAAAACAUUGAAAAACCCUUCCAUUUCUUACACUACGGUGUCUGGGCAAGAGUUUUUAAUUGAAGUGAAGAAUUCCUUGGUGUCCAGUGUGCCAUCCAACUGGGUCACUGUAAGCAGUACAAAGGCUGUCAGUCGCUUCCACUCUCCUUUUAUUGUAGAAAAUUACAGACAUCUGAAUCGGCUUCGGGAGCAGUUAGUCCUUGACUGCAAUACUGAAUGGCUACAUUUUCUUGAUAAAUUUGGAGAACAUUAUCAUUCAGUGUCUAAAGCUGUUAAUCACCUAGCAACUGCUGACUGCAUUUUCUCUCUGGCGGAAGUGGCAAAACAAGGCGGUUAUUGCAGGCCAGCUGUUCAUGACCAGGGAUGUGAAAUAGUCAUAAAAAAUGGUCGACAUCCUGUAAUUGACUUGCUUCUAGAAGAACAAAAUCAAUACGUUCCAAACAGUACCAGCCUUUCAGCAAGCACGGAAAGAGUAAUGAUAAUCACUGGACCUAACAUGGGUGGGAAGAGCUCCUACAUUAAACAGGUGGCUCUCAUCACAGUCAUGGCACAGAUGGGCUCCUAUGUCCCGGCAGAAGAAGCCACUAUUGGUGUUGUGGAUGGAAUCUUUACCAGGAUGGGUGCUGCGGAUAAUAUAUAUAAAGGAAGAAGCACGUUCAUGGAGGAGUUGUCAGAAACUUCAGAGAUACUAAAGCACGCUACUCCCCGCUCUCUUGUUAUUUUGGAUGAAUUAGGAAGAGGCACCAGUACCCAUGAUGGCAUUGCCAUUGCAUAUGCCACACUUGAAUAUUUCAUCAGAGAUGUACCAUCAUUAACACUGUUUGUCACCCAUUACCCUCCUCUGUGUGAGCUGGAGAAGUGCUAUCCUACUUGUGUUGGAAACUAUCAUAUGGCAUUCUUCGUUGACGAAGAACAUGGUACUGCAGAUGAGUCUGAAGUUGCAGAUAAUCCAGAGUAUAUUACAUUUUUGUAUCAGACAACCAGAGGAAUCGCUGCUAGGAGUUAUGGAUUGAAUGUAGCUAAACUGGCAGACGUCCCAGAGGAAGUUUUAAAGAAAGCAGCUCGUAAAUCAAAAGAGCUGGAGGGUUUAGUGGAGAUGAAAAGAAAGAAGAUGAAGACUUUUCAAACAGCCUGGAAGAUUCAGAGUUCUCAGGAUUUACAGGAAUUAUUAAAUGCAGAGUGCUUUAACUAAAUAUACCUUGCACCAAGAAGAACAGGCCAACCUCAUGGUGU